AUGGGUAAUUGUUGGCGUAUGCCCGAAGAUCAUUCCGGUCUUCUUGAUGCUGCUACUAGUAAUUUUCCUUCUAUUUCUACAUCAUCAACAGUUUCUCCAUCAAAUUCAAAUACAGCUUUCACUCAUCCGAUUUCAACUAUGUCUGAAACACAUAUACCAAAAUUAGUUAUAUUAAGUCGUUCAUCAGCUGAUCUCAGUGCUAUUAAAGCAGCACAAUGUCGAAAUCUUGUUGAACAUUUACCAAUAGUUAAUUAUAACGAAAAAACCAUUAAACAAACCGAAUGUGAUAUUUGUUUAAUGGACUUUGUGCCUAAUGAACAAGUACGACAAUUGCCAUGUGACGGUGCACAUGUAUUUCAUCCAACAUGUAUAGAUAGAUGGUUUCAAAAAAGUUUAACAUGUCCACAUUGUUCAAUAAACGUUGAUGCUGCAUUACUUCUAAGAUUCAUUCCAAAUUCAAAUAAUAACGAUGAUGAUGAUUGA